UGUGAGCGUGUUGGACUAUCCUGGCUGGAUUGGCUUUAAAAAAGGGGAGGAAUAUAAUCCAGCCUGGGCAGAAAGAACAAGAAGGAGAAGGAGGAGGAGAAGAAGAAGUAGUUGUUUCUCCCCAGACUGGAUAAGUACAGAGCAGGGCUGAGGGUCUGAGGAGGGGGGGAAAGGGACGGAGGAGAAAAGGAGUGCGGGGUCUGACCUCCCGAUCAGGGCGACGCGUUAUGGACGCUUUAAAAUCGGCGGGCCGGGCGAUCAUCCGGAGCCCCAGCAUUGCCAAGCAGUCAUGGGCUUCAGGGAGACACAAAAAGCUCUCGGAGAACUGGACAGAUACACGAGAGACCUUGCUGGAGGGCAUGGUGUUUCAGUUGAAGUAUCUUGGUGUCACACUGGUUGAGGAGCCAAAAGGAGAGGAGCUGUCAGCCGCCGCAGUCAAGAGGAUUGUUGCUACGGCCAAAGCCAGUGGGAAGAAGCUGCAGAAGGUCAUGUUGAAGGUUUCACCAAGAGGUAUCAUCCUGUAUGACAGCGUCUCAAAUCAGCUGAUUGAGAACGUCUCCAUUUACAGGAUCUCUUACUGCACUGCUGAUAAGAUGCACGACAAGGUGUUUGCCUACAUCGCUCAGAGCCAACGCAAUGAGACGCUCGAGUGCCAUGCCUUCCUCUGCACCAAAAAGAAAUUAGCACAGGCGGUGACAUUAACAGUAGCACAAGCCUUUAAAGUGGCCUUUGAGUUUUGGCAGAAUGCCAAGGAAGAAAAAGAGAAGCGAGUAAAGCCGGACCCGGUUGCACCCAGCAACUCUCAGGCACAGAAUUCAGAAAGUGUGGAAGAAGGAGAAGUGGCUACAGCAAAUCUGUUAAACUUGGAGGAAGGUGCAGUUAUACAUUCAGGACCUGAUGAUGAUGAUGGUGCACAUAUAGCACAGAGCAUCAGCACAGAGAACAACAACAUUGUCUGGGAGCUUGAUGAUGGUCUGGAUGAAGCCUUCUCGAGCCACAGUUUGGAUAGUUUUGAAACCUGUUCAGACUCGCUGAGUGUCGUGCUAACCCCCAGGUCCUGGACACUGGGCUAAACCCUCAGGACUACAACGCUGAUGAGUGCCUGUCACCCUGCAAUUGGGACAAAUUCGACAGCGAAGAUGCGUUCGGCUUCUGAGAGCACGAGAAAAGACGGUGGACGGAAAUGUGAAAAGGGAAAAGAGGCAGAUCGUGUUGCUGACGGAUGAACGGGACUGAGUGGAAACGAAACAGAUGCCGCGUCGUCGUCUUUAGGAUCCACGAACUGCACAGACCAAAGCAAUAAUAGUAUUUUUUUUUAUUCGUGUGAGCGGUAUUUGGCUUUAGUCUGCUUUUGUAUGAAUAUACUUUCUGUUGCAUUUUUAUUUUUAAUUUUUGAUUCUCUAAAUCUUUGUGAAAGCUAUAUAAAAUACCUGUAUGAUAAUUGCAGAAACGAGAGUGGCGUGUAUGGAUUUGUAUAGUAUGUACAUUUUUUGCAAUGGUUCAGGUCAGCUUUGAGAAUUGGUCUAUGCAGCGUAACACUGUAACGUUCUCUCAUGUAGAGAGAUUACCACCACUUUUGUUGUUACUUAAUAUGUUAAGGUAUCUGUGUUGAAGGUAGAAUGGGGCGUGUAUGACCUGGUGGUUAGAUGGAGGAAGUGUUGACGUUGUUAUGACGGGGCUUUUUCUUUUUUGUUUGUUUUGUUUUUGUUUUUGCUUUUCAGCUCGGUGAAUUUCCCAUUUUCGGCAAAGCUUUUACAUCUCGGGCAACCAAAAAUAUGCGGCAAGAGUUUAUACUAAAGACAAUCUUUUCUUAUAUUUUUUUUAUUGGAAAUGUAUUUUUGUACUCCCUGCCAGAAGCACACGGUUUAAUUUCAGGGAAAUCAUUUUCACAACUAAAGAUAUGUGGUUUGUUUGUUUGUAUUUGGCCCAGUUUAAAUUGUGAGUUAUCCUGGUCACUAUCAGAUCAUUACAUAAAGAAUGUGUACUUGCUGUGCAUAACUUUAUUACAUGGUAAUAUUUCA